CCAACCGAAGCCAGUAAAUAUCAGGCUAGCUAGCAGUCUGUUAGCUACUCCCAGUUCCAGUAGAUCAGACCAUGUUUUUUCAGCUGUCAUCGGCCAGUUGUCAGUCCAGCGUGUGUAGCCUGUUCGGUGGUGCUUUUCGUUAAGCGAUGACCUCCCAGUAAGAGAGACUCCGUCCUUUAAAAAAAAUCAGCUCUGUAGACUUGGCUGGCUUUACAGGUUAGCUUAGCGCUAGCAAGCUGCGUCCAGAGGAGGUGUCGUUGCUAGUGACUAUGCAAGGGGAAACCACGACGAUCCGAAUCACGGAAAACGAAGGCAAGCUGGAUGUAUAUCCCCAGAACAGGACCCCGAGCUCGGGGAGAGCGAGUGCCAAAAGCUGGCAGUACAGCGAUCACAUGGAGAAUAUUGAUGGCUACCUGAUGAAAUAUACCAACCUGGUGACAGGCUGGCAGUACAGGUUCUUUGUCUUGAACAACGAGGCGGGCCUGCUUGAGUAUUUUGUCAAUGAGCAGUCACGGCCACAGAAGCCCCGUGGCAUGCUCCCUUUGGCGGGGGCCGUCAUUUCCCCGAGUGAUGAGGACUCGCAUACCUUCACUGUCAAUGCCAUCAGUGGGGAGCAGUACAAGCUCAGGGCCUCUGAUGCCAAAGAGAGGCAGCACUGGGUCAGCAGGCUACAGAUCUGCACGCAGCACCACACAGAGGCCAUGGGGAAGAGUCAGCCUCCGUCAAAGUCCCGGAGUUACUCCACGGCGUCUCAGGGCAGCGGCAGCUCCCCGAUGUCCAUGCGCCGGCACAGCCAAAACCCCGCCUCUUUGUUUGGCUGGUCGCAGGUCAGAGGCUCGUCGGCCUACUCCAGUAAGAGGUCCCUGCUGCCCGACCACCUGAUGGACGCAAGAGAGAUGAUGAGCCAAGCCCAGGGUCAGCACAAAGACCUGAUGCAGGGCAUUGAGGGCCUGCCUGUGACUCCUGGCCUUUCCCCCCUGGACCAGGACCUGCUGAUGCUCAAGGCCACUUCCAUGGCCACCAUGAACUGCCUCAAUGAGUGCCUGCACAUCCUCCACCUGCAGCAGGUGGCCCGACAGAGAAGCUCCCUAGGAGGACCCACCAUUGAGUGGCUGGAGCCCAAACUGCCCGACAUCCUGAAGAAUGGCAGCAGCUCUCUGGGCAGCUUCGCAACAGGUGAGGGCCCGCUGGAGGGGAACCGCUUGGAGCUCAGCAGCCCCGAGUCCUGCAACUUCUCCGGGGAACAGGAAGACAUAGAUGCAGAGGAUGAAUUGGAGGACUCCUUUACGGACAAGGAGGAGGACCUGGGUGCCGUGGAGGAGGAACGGAGCGUCAUCCUACACCUGCUGUCGCAGCUGAAGCUGGGGAUGGACCUCACGCGGGUGGUCCUCCCCACCUUCAUUCUCGAGAAGCGCUCUCUGCUGGAGAUGUACGCAGACUUCAUGUCCCAUCCGGAUCUCUUUGUGACCAUCACAGACGGCAGCAGUCCGGAGGACCGCAUGGUCCGGUUUGUGGAGUACUACCUCACCUCCUUCCACGAGGGCCGCAAAGGCGCCAUUGCCAAAAAACCCUACAACCCCAUCAUUGGCGAGACCUUCCACUGCUCCUGGAAGGUGCCCAAGAGACCAGACGCCUCCAAGGAGCCUUCACAGGGAAGCCCCGACCCCACUGCUUCCAGCCAGGACUCCUACCAAGUGCGCUUUGUGGCGGAGCAGGUUUCCCAUCAUCCCCCUGUGUCUGGUUUCUACGCCGAAUGCCAGGAGAGGCGGAUGUGUGUGAACACACAUGUGUGGACCAAGAGCAAGUUCAUGGGCAUGUCCAUUGGGGUAUCGAUGGUGGGGGAAGGUUGUCUGUAUUUGCUGGAGCACGAUGAGGAGUACACCUUCACGCUGCCCUGCGCCUAUGCUCGCUCCAUCCUCACCGUUCCCUGGGUGGAACUUGGCGGCAAAGUCACCAUCAACUGCGCCAAGUCGGGUUACUCGGCAGUCAUUACUUUCCAGACUAAACCCUUUUAUGGAGGCAAAUUACACAAGGUAACAGCAGAGGUGAAGCACAACUCCACCAAUGCAGUGGUGUGCCGCGUACAGGGCGAGUGGAACGGCGUCUUGGAGUUCAGCUUCACUAACGGAGAGACGAGGGUGGUCGACGUCACCAGGCUGCCUGUGACGAAGAAGCACGUGCGGCCAGUAGAGAAGCAAGGACCGACUGAAUCCAGGCGCCUGUGGCAGCACGUGACCGAGGCUUUACGGCAGAAAGACGUCGAGAAAGCCACUGAGCAUAAGACGGUCCUCGAGGAGAGGCAGCGGACAGAAGAGAGGCACCGUGUCGAGACAGAAACCCCCUGGAGGACCCGAUACUUUGACAGAGAGGGUGAAGGUUGGGUUUAUCACAAGCCACUUUGGAAAAACUCUACAUUCAAAUCCUAGUUUCUUCAGCCCUCUCCUAUCUUGGAUGUUGAUAUUGUAGAUUCAGGUGUGUGUGUGUGUGUGUGUGUGUGUGUGUGUGUGUGUGUGUGUGUGUGUGUGUGUGUGUGUGUGUGUGUGUUUGUGUGUUUGUGAGUGUGCCGGAGUGUGUCUGCGUGCACACACGCAUGUGGCCGUUGGUUAUGAAAUGACAAGCAUGACCUGCACUGACGUACAGACGAAUGCGACGCUGAGGGGGGAGAAGGACCGAGACGGCAUGACCGAAGGUGUUCUCGAAUCUCUCACAUGAUGUUCAGGAAGAGUACAAGUUUUUGUACUGCAGAUUAGGGUUUUUUUUUUUAAAAUAAUCUAAUGUCAAUGAAAACAUAUUCUUGUACAGGUAAUGGUACUCUAUUUACACAGCCUUAAGAUGAUCUGAUGAAUGAUACUCUGUUUGGACUCGGAUGAUCCGCCUGGAUAUGGUUUCUUCUUCUUCUCCUCUUUUUAAACUGUGGUCUCACCUGAGGAUAAAGGGACUUUUGGUGAAUAUCUUCUUUAAAUAGGAAAGAAAAUCCCCAAGUAACUGGAGAAUACAUCUCAUAAAGCUGAAUCUGUGUAUUUGAGCUGAUAAAACAGAAGUCAUUCCCUCUGUCACUGGAUGUAUUUACUUACUCGUGGUGUUUUGAUCUGAGCAGUACAGAAACAUUUAGUGGAUGCCUCCCAGAGUAAUUAUUAAACGGGGCAAUUUCCCAGAGUAUAUACAUAAAAUAGCACAUUGAGCAGUGCUUACAGAAAUUUACGUACUUUAAAAUGACAGAUUUAAAGAAAAGUACUAAAAAUUAAAAAAUAACGGCAUCUGAAUACUGAACACUGAAUUCACUCACUGUUUACUGUAGACUGCACUGCGUUUAAUGUGUUUACUCUCAUUUUAUACAUUUAUUUAUCUUGUCACUCUGAAGGAAAGGCCCCAGUCAUAUAGGCCUAGAGACAG